GCGUGACUUGGAGUCGUGCCCCAGAAAAUUAUUUACAAAAACUAAGAAAACGCAAGGUCAUUUGUGUUGACCUUUGACCGAGCAAGAGCCAAGAGUUGUGAGGUCAUGAAUGUACUUAAACCAGAUAGAUAUUCCCUUCUUCUUCAUCAUCUUCCUUCACAAAACAAACCAAACCAAAAGAAACGUUAAAUCAUCAAGAAAAGCUUUGACUUUUCCUUGUGAUCGAAGAUGGCGGAUGUUUUCACGGAUGAGCAGAUCCAGGAGUUUUACGAAGCCUUCUGUCUCAUCGACAAAAACUCCGAUGGGUUCAUCACGAAGGAGAAGCUGACGAAAGUGAUGAAAUCGAUGGGGAAGAAUCCAAAAGCGGAGCAGCUUCAAGAGAUGAUGAGCCAUGUCGACAUCUUCGGAAACGGUGGCAUCACCUUUGAUGAUUUCUUGUACAUAAUGGCUCAACACACUUCUCAGGAAUCUUCAUCGGAUGAGCUAAUAGAAGUAUUCAGAGUGUUCGACAGAGACGGUGACGGUUUCAUAUCUGCACUUGAGUUAGGAGAAGGAAUGAAGGACAUGGGGAUGAAAAUAACGGCGGAAGAGGCGGAGCAUAUGGUGCGAGAAGCUGAUCUUGACGGCGAUGGUUUUCUCUCUUACCACGAGUUCGCCAAAAUGAUGAUCGCUGCCUCUUAUUAGCAUUUUUAUUUUUAAAAAAGCUAUGAUAUAAGGGCUUGUUUUUUUUUUGCACUUACAUUUACUUUCCAAUAUGGUAAAGAGUCUCUCAUAUGUUGUUAACUCUCUAUUUUCCCAACAUAUAAUAAAAGUCGGUCCCAUAUCAAUUAAUUCUUUUGAAUCAUUUAGCCGAUUAAAUAAAAGGUUAAAAAAUAUUUUAAGAUACUAGUAAGGAGAAGAUAGCACAAUGGUAAGAUCC